GUUAAAUGCCCGUUUUUCGCGCGCAUGCGUUUACCAGGCUGGUGUCGAGUGUGCGGGUGAAUAAACGCGAGCUUUUGUCAGCUAACCGCUGAGUCGGGUGAGCUGUUUCGCUUGGCUUGAACAGUUUAGCUUCAAUUGCUAAUGGGCUCGGUCUAAUUGCUGGGAGAACGGACGUAGGCUGGGCUGAUGUCCUGUCAGUCAGUCGGUGUCGUACGUCAUUAGAGAUGAGGUGGAAAAGUACAACAGAAAUGGGGUGAAUGCUCUCCAGUUGGACCCCGCAUUGAACCGCCUCUUUACCGCUGGAAGGGACUCGAUCAUCCGGAUAUGGAGCGUCUACCAGCAUAAACAAGACCCAUAUAUUGCUUCAAUGGAGCAUCAUACAGACUGGGUCAAUGACAUAGUUCUUUGCUGCAACGGGAAAACACUAAUAUCUGCUUCCUCGGAUACGACGGUUAAAGUAUGGAAUGCACACAAAGGGUUCUGCAUGUCGACGUUACGAACGCACAAAGAUUACGUGAAAGCUUUAGCCUACGCUAAGGACAAGGAGCUGGUCGCGUCGGCGGGGCUUGACCGGCAGAUAUUUCUCUGGGACGUGAACACGCUGACAGCGCUCACCGCUUCCAACAACACCGUCACGACAUCGUCACUGAGUGGUAACAAGGAUUCGAUCUACAGCUUGGCAAUGAACCAGAUGGGCACAGUCAUUGUGUCUGGAUCGACGGAAAAGGUGCUGAGAGUGUGGGAUCCACGAACGUGCGCAAAGCUAAUGAAGCUAAAGGGCCACACGGACAACGUCAAGUCGCUGCUUUUGAAUCGUGACGGAACGCAGUGCCUGUCAGGCAGUUCGGACGGAACGAUCCGUCUGUGGUCCCUCGGUCAGCAGAGGUGCAUUGCCACAUACCGCGUGCAUGACGAAGGGGUUUGGGCCCUGCAGGUCAACGAGGCUUUCACGCACGUCUAUUCUGGCGGGCGAGACAAAAAGAUAUAUUGCACGGAUCUACGCAACCCAGACAUCCGUGUCCUCAUCUGUGAGGAGAAGGCUCCGGUAUUGAAAAUGGAACUGGACAGAUCUGCUGACCCACCUCCUGCUAUUUGGGUCUCCACCACCAAGUCAUCUGUUAAUAAAUGGUCUCUAAAGGGAAUGCAUAACUUCAGAUCAUCGGGGGAGUACGACAACGACUGCAGCACCCCUUUAACGCCGCUAUGUACACAGCCAGAACAAGUUAUUAAAGGCGGUGCCAGUAUUAUACAGUGCCACAUUUUAAACGACAAGAGACACAUACUCACCAAAGAUACCAACAACAACGUGGCUUUCUGGGACGUCCUGAAGGCCUGCAAGGGUGAAGACCUGGGCAAAGUGGAGUUUGACGAAGAGAUUAAAAAGCGGUUCAAGAUGGUUUACGUGCCAAAUUGGUUCUCGGUGGAUUUGAAAACCGGGAUGCUCACCAUCACGCUGGACGAGAGCGACUGCUUCGCUGCAUGGGUGUCUGCAAAGGAUGCAGGUUUUUCAAGCUCCGAUGGAUCUGACCCCAAAUUAAACCUGGGUGGACUACUGCUUCAGGCUCUGCUGGAGUUCUGGCCCAGAACUCGCAUUAAUCCCAUGGAUGAGGAAGAGAACGAAGUGAACCAUGUGAAUGGAGAGCCGGAAAAUCGUGUCCAGAAAGGCAACGGAUACUUCCAGGUGCCGCCACACACGCCGGUUAUUUUCGGGGAAGCUGGCGGCAGAACUCUUUUCAGGUUGCUGUGUCGAGACUCGGGCGGAGAGACGGAGUCUAUGCUGCUGAAUGAGACUGUCCCUCAGUGGGUCAUUGAUAUAACUGUAGAUAAAAAUAUGCCCAAGUUCAACAAAAUCCCAUUCUACCUCCAGCCUCAUUCAUCCUCUGGUGCAAAAACGCUGAAAAAGGACCGUCUUUCAGCUAGCGACAUGCUCCAGGUGAGAAAGGUGAUGGAGCACGUGUACGAGAAGAUCAUCAACCUGGACAACGAGUCUCAGACCACCAGUUCCUCCGCCAACGAUAAGCCUGGAGAGCAGGAAAAGGAGGAGGACAUGGCUAUGCUAGCCGAGGAGAAGAUAGAGCUCAUGUGUCAAGACCAGGUUCUGGAUCCCAACAUGGACCUGCGAACAGUUAAACAUUUUAUCUGGAAGAGCGGUGGCGACUUGACGCUUCACUAUAGGCAGAAGUCGACGUGAAAGUUCAGAUAUUUUUUUUUUUGUUUUUUUUUUUGGGAAAGCAAGAACUCUUGUCAAUCAUUUGCCAAUCGCCAACCCCUUCUGACAUGUAGAACCCUGACCUCCAUUCAAGGUCAAUGCUUGUAGUGUCAACAAGAAUCCACUAAGAUAUUUUCAAGGACGUGUCAGAUGGAUUUUUUUUCUUCCCCCUUUCUCCUUCCCUAACAGUUUGAAGAAUUAACUCUAAUUAAUUUUUUUUUUUUUACACAUCUGACUGCUAUUUUGGUUCUCAUCAAGUUGCUGUACACGUUUGUGUGAGUGCGUGUGCAGAAUGUUCUCGUACAUUCCAGACCUGCUCUUCUUCUACAAAAACACUCCUAUCUCUUGUCAAGGACGACCCCCCCCCACUCGCCCCAUCCUCACUUCAACACCCCCACCCUCCUAACUUCUUCUUAGGACAAAGCCUGAACGCCAUCACGUCACUUGUUCUUUGUCUUUCUAGCUGUGCUGUUAAAGUCAACUGAAUGUUCUGUUUUCUUGUAAAUAUAUGUACAACAUUUUUUUUGAUUUAAGUGACUUUUUUGGGGGGGGUGGGGGGUUGCAUUUGUUUUGUUGUACAGUUAAUAAUACCAAACAGUUAUUUUUCCAAUUUUUCCUUCGAGGCACAUUCAUGGAUGACGCAACUUGACAUGGAUGACACAAAUGGCAUUUGUUGUAUUCACUACAACCUUGAAUUUGCAGUUUUACUCUUAAGAAUGUGUGUAGUUGUUUAAAUCAUCUUAGCAAUUUGAAAUUAUAAAAAAAUAUAUAUAUAUAUAUAAAUCUCGCUUUAUGCUUGGGUCAUUAUUAGUAAUGUUAUCAAAGUGAGGGAUGUUCCUAAUGUAUAUUUCAUUUACAUAGAAGCAUAAUAAAACGUGAAUAGUAAUAUAUUUAUAUAUAUAUAUAUGUUUCUGUCUUGGUGUGUCACCAAGCAGGACAUAUUUUUAUUGUACAAGUGAUGGUGAAUAAGCCAAGUGAGCUACGGUUGGCCCAAAAAAAAAAAAAAAAGAUGGGUAUCCCAAUUAUCACAAAAUCGCAAAACUGUAAAAUCCACUGUUGUAAUAAUAUGUGAAAUAUGUACAUUUUAGGCUUCCGGAGAAAUAAAUUGGAAUGGUUUAACAAUGACACAUUUCUGGAAAUUAUUAGGGGUGUCACAAGAUCUUGUGAUAUUAAAAUGCGACAAUAUUUCUAUUGUUACAAUAAUGAAGAAGUUAAUUUGUGA